AUGGACGUCGAGGGCCACGAGUACGCGGUCAUCCAGGGCGCCGAGCGCUUCUUCACCACCGGAAACAGGCCGCUCGUCGUGUACGCCGAGGUCUUCCAGCUCGGCGCAAACAAAGCCCCCUUCUUUGCCAAAUUGAAGGAGUGGGGCUAUGUCACCAAAAAUGGGAUGGACGACAACGACGCGCUGCUCAUGUAG